AUGCCUUCGGAUACGCUAAAAUCUCUCGUCAUCGGGGCCCCUCCGCCCCUCGACCCCGCGUGGGUAGAGUACGAGCAGGCCCACUUAACGCCAGCCGCACCCAAGAAGAAGACGUACGAGGCUCCGACGGCGGUAGAGAGGCAGCGGACCUACGCCCAGGAGUGCCGGGCUCUGCACGCCCGCAUGAUGGGUCCUGAAGCCCGGGACCACGAGCUUUCCAAGGGGAUCGUGAAGACGCGGCUGACCACCACGUCGACCAAGGACGGCGCGACGAUCCCCCUCCUCGCUUACACGCGUGAGGAGGAUGCCGAGAAGGACCCGGACGUGGUCAUCAUCUACUUCCACGGAGGUGGGCUGUGGGUAGGCGAGGUUGACAGCGAAGAGCUCUCGUGCCGCAGGCUAGCGCUGGCGGGCAACCACGCCGUGUACUCGGUCGGCUACCGGCUGAUGCCCGAGUACCUUGCCAGCGUGUGCGUGUCCGAUGCCUAUGAUGGGUUCGAAACCGUCCGCAAGCGUGUGGGGAGCAAGCCGAAGCUCGUGCUCGUGGGCUCCUCGAGCGGCGGCCAGCUCGCCGCGCACGUGUCGCAGAUGGCGCCCGCCGGCUCCGUGGACGGGGUGCUCCUGCGGUCGCCCGUCACCAGCGACGUGUUCAGCGGGCGCGAGUACGUCCCCGAGCGGUUGCGCGCCUAUCACACCAGCGCCUCGCCAGCCUUCAUCACCGCCCUGGGCGGCUACAUGAAGAGGGCGAUCCCGCGCGACGGCCUCGCGAGGAUGCCCCUCGAAGCCGAUCCAGCUAGCCUCCGGGGACUCCCCAGGACGUGGAUCCAGGUCUGCACCAACGACACCCUCUACUCGGACGGUGUUUGCUACGCCAUAGCCCUCGAGGAGGCUGGCGUCGACGUCGACGUUUGCGUCGUCUCCGGCUGGCCGCACACGUUUUGGCUGCCCGUCCCGUCGCUGGACAGGGCUCUCGAGGCGGAACUGGAAAUGGUGGAGGGGCUGCAGUGGGUGCUAGCUGGGUAG